AGAACAUACAAAAAUAAAAAAAUCAAGUUGUUAUCUCUCUCUAUUGAUAUAUAUAUAUAUGAGUAAGAGAGAAGGAAGAUAACGCACCGAUCAGCAUUGAAAAAUUUAUCAACAAUGGCUGCGAAUUCCUUUUGUUCCAUUUUCAUCAUCUCUUCAUUAUUGAUCGCAGCUUUGAUCAUCUCCGGCGAUGCUACCGGCGGCGAUUUCGACGUGAGCGGUUGGAUUCCGAUGAAAUCCGCCGAUAGCUGUGAAGGUUCGAUAGCGGAGUGUAUGGCUGCCGGAGAAUUCGAAAUGGAUUCGGAGAGCAACAGGCGUAUAUUAGCAACUACUGAUUAUAUAAGCUAUGGUGCGCUGCAGAGUAACAGUGUUCCGUGUUCUAGAAGAGGUGCGUCGUAUUAUAACUGCAAAACAGGUGCUGAAGCUAAUCCGUAUACACGUGGUUGCAGUGCUAUUACUCGUUGCCGGAGUUAAAGUAAUUAACGAUCGAAUUAAUCGAUGUUAAUUAAUUAUUAGUAAGUGUAAUUGUUUUGAAUAAUUUCGUAGUGUUUAUAUUAUGUACUUUAAGUAGGAGUAUUUUCUUUUCAGUUGCAAUUACAAAUAAAGUGAUAGUGGUGCUUUGGCAAUGCUUUAUGGUUAAUACAAUGUUCAUUUGGUGUUUGUUAAUACAUGUAUUAUUCUCUA